CGCAUGCGGAAUACUUACACAACAAAAAUGGCGGCGCCCUGUAGAUAUGCGACGAGGUCGGCAGCAAAAGGGGUUUCAGCAGUGUUACAUCAAUGGACACAGGCCCCUGUGCGUCCGUUCCUCUCUGGUCUAUAUUGUCCCCAAGCUGCCUGUCAAAGAAGACCUCUUCACUUGAGUCGCACUCCGGCUCUGGUCAACAUGAAUGUGGAACAACAGAAGGCAGGAGUCUCACAAAAAGCAACGGGUCAGAAAGAUAACAAGACAGAAUCUAAAACAAAACCAGAAGAGGAAGACGAAGAGGAUGACGGGCCAGAAUACAUUCCAAAGAGAAAGGCCAAAAACCCCAUGAUUAAAAUAGGAUAUGCUUGGAUGAUUGGGAUGCCCGCAGGAAUCAUCGGCUUUGUCCUUGCCAAAAGAGAAGUAGACAAGAACCGGCUAAAGCAGUUACGGAUCCGGCAAAGAAUGAAGAAGGCCAACGAAGGAGAUUAUGAUAGUGACAGAUACAGGACCAUUUCAAAAAUGGACUGAAGAACCCUAUUCAUGGAAUUGCCUAAUCUAUGUACCAAAAUGGGGAACAGAACCGUGAAAUUGCCCACCACUGAUUUAAUCUUAAAAAUAAACACAGACAAACACACACACACACACACACACACACACACACACACACACAAUCAAUCAGAAAAACUGCAGGAUUUCAAAUGAAUCACUAAUUGAGUCACUUUUCCUUUGAGUAGAUGGUCUCUCAGAGUAUGUGUAUAUGGCUGUAAGAAAUAUAUGUUUAUGUAUAUAACAAAAGGAACUAUUUCAGGUGUGUGUGAAUAAACCACUAUUCAUUGUCCAAAAUAGAAGUACAGG